UUCCUAUUACCACCGCUCUCUCAAUUUUCGCUCCAAAUUGGAAACCCCCCUCCCUCUCUCCUCCAUUUGGCUCCCUAUAAAAACCCUGUGGAUAAAAUCUUCCAAAAUUUUCAGACCAAAACCCGGAGAGGAUUAAGCAAUUAUGCAUUCGCUGAGCUUCAAGGUUUCCACUGACUACUGCGGUAGGUGUUGUUUUCCGGGUCCGGGAAGGGUUGCGGAGUCGGAGGUCCGGCCCAGACAGGUCCGGUUCGGGUUUAGGGAUUUCGGGAGAGGCGUUAGGGUUGCGGCGUGUGCUUCCGAGUCGGAGAGGAACGGGAGUAAUGGCUGGAGCGGCAGCCGGAGUUCGAGUCCGACUCCGGGCCCGGGUCCGAGACCGAGUUCGUUUCUGUCUCGGAGCCAGACGUAUGCUUUGUUGAAGCAGCAAAUGGAGGUUGCUGCGAAAUCUGAGGAUUACGAAGAGGCGGCGAGGAUACGUGACUCGCUGAAGAGGUUAGAGAAGGAAGAGCCGGUUUUGUGGCUCCGGAGGUUGAUAAAGGAGGCCGUGGCGGAAGAGAGGUUUGAGGAUGCGGCUAAUUUUCGAGAUGAACUCAAGGAAAUUGCGCCUCACUCUUUUCUGAAAUGUUCAAGUGACGCAACGACCUUGGGCAUCCGGGUUCAAGUAAGGAGUGUGUACAUAGAGGGUCGAAGUCAGCCUUCAAAGGGGCAACACUUCUUUGCAUAUAGAAUAAGAAUUACCAAUAACUCCGACCACCCUGUUCAACUUCUUAGAAGGCAUUGGAUCGUCACUGAUGCCAAUGGAAAAUCCGAGAAUGUGUGGGGAAUUGGUGUUAUCGGUCAGCAACCAGUGAUUCUUCCUCAGACUAGUUUUGAAUACUCAUCUGCAUGCCCCUUAAGCACUCCUACCGGUAGAAUGGAAGGUGACUUUGAGAUGAAACACAUCAAUAGGUUAAGUUCACAAUCGUUUAACGUGGCUAUUGCCCCAUUUUCCCUCUCCAUAUUAGGAGACGAUGAUACCUUCUGAAUUCUGAGAAGUGUGGUGUGGCACCAUUCGGGUAGGCAGGGGAAUUUUGUAAACAAAAUUCAACAUUCUAUUUUUUGUAUUCAGCUAGCUGUUAAGUGUACAAAGCAUUUCAGAUUUUGGGGAGUAAGGUGUUAUAUAGUAUAGUUUUGGUAUACAAAAUUAUGAGAAAGCUAACUUUGUAAAGAUGAAUGUAUAGGUUUUGUAACAGUUUUGAAUGAAAUCUGUACAUAUUCUCAGUA